AUGCUGUUACAAGAGGCCAAGCAAUACGGUGACAAGUUCCAGCCUAGUACCGAAUACUUCCGCCGUGUUGGUGCAUUGCUGCAGGUCUGCAAGUCGAGAGAGCACUACACUGCCGCAAUUCCACUCUGUAAUAUCGUGCAGCGGUCUGCUACGAUUCCUGGAAAGGUAGAAAUGGAGUGUGUCAGGAUUUAUCAGAGAGCAGGACGCAACCUGGAGGUUGUCACUUUAGCUGAGAAGCUCAUAAAACAGGACGUGUUUUUGUUGAAUCAUGCCCUUGCCAGUGCUAUUCAGGCUUGUGCAGCCUUAGGAGAAGUGGAAAAAGGGUUUCAGUUCUUUAAUGCGGCGGUGCAGCGAGGCUCAAUCCCAAACUUGGGGGUGUAUUCGGCGUUACUUGCUGUUGCAGGGGUGUCAGGGGAUCCCCAACGAGUGCAGAAUGUGCUGAACCAGAUGGAAGAAGCAAGCGUCAAGAUGAACAAUAUUACGUUUCAUAACUUAAUGAGUGUCUAUGCACGUGAAGGACAGACGACGGAGGUACUGGCACUGUUUGAUAAGAUGCAGAAGAAGAAGAUUCCAGCAGAUGAACACACGUACGCGAUUCUCAUGGAUACGCACGUCGAAAGUGGAAAUUUUGACGACGCUAUAGCAGUCAUGGAUGACUUGAAGAAGACGACGCUGCAACCUAAUCUUGUGCACUACAAUGUCUUGCUUAAGGGAUGUGGCAAGAAGAGUGAUUUGACCUCUGCUUUUCAGCUGUACGAGGAGAUGAAGGAACGCAAGAUUCGACCGGACCUUGUGACGUUUAUUACCAUGAUGCACGCUGUGUAUCAUGGUGAGCUAGGCUCAAUUAAUCAGAAGAAGGUGAAGGCAGCCCUUGUAGGAAUGGGUCUGAUGGGAGCUGCGUUCGUCCCGUUCAUCAACUACGAGGAGUACAUGCUAACUACGCUGUUCUGUGGCAGUCUCGUGGGCUCUAUGGGUUUGGCUGCGUACAUGAAUCCGGAUGGCGUCAUCCGUGCGCUUUAUCCUAACACCGACGAGCCUCGUAACGACAGCAUUAUUGAGGCAUUCUUUCGGCGGCUGCGCGAAGAGGAUCACUGCGGAAGAUCUAUGUAUUUGUGGCGUGAAAUGCUAAAGUUUAACGUGCCUGCAGAUCCACGUGUGUAUGACGUACUGGUGCGCACCUGCGUACGCAAGCGUCAUCCAGAAUUGGCUUAUGAGGCUUUAUUCGAAGAAAAGUUGCCACUUGUUGACAGGGAAGAUGCUUUUGUUAUAUCGCUACCCACGACGCUGAAUCUGUUGCACUCCCUUUUGGCCCAGAAGCGUCUGAAUAUGGUGGACACCUUGUAUGAUGCCGCUCGUAUCCACAACGUAUUUGAUAAGGUAUUCUCUGAAAAGAGCGGUUCCUACGUGUACGAUUUGCGUACAUUUCUGAACGAGCAAGUACGCAGCUACACAAUCAUCAGGUUGAUGGAUGAGCUGCGCGCAAAGGUGGACUCGUCCAAGGGCAAAUUUGUUGUCCCGAACGUUCAGUUUUUGGUUCAGCACGGAUACGAGCUGCUUGACCGUCUUGAUGCAGACAAUGCGAGCCUUCGCACACUGUUUUCGAUGGAUGACAUGACUUGCAUUGGCGCUUCAGCGGAUGACAGGACCCUUGCACAUUACUAUUUUCGGCUAACUGUUCCUAAAGAGCGACUGCAGAGAUAUUUCGAGACCACGCCUGCAAACGCGGGCAAGGAGCGCCGACUUUAA